GUGCUUUGUCACAGCUGCGCUUUGCAUUUUAAUUUCACAAGCGCUCUGGUGGAAGCGGUUGAACUAGUUGGACUUAGUUUGUCAGUUUGUUUCCCCAGUUUUUCCAGAACAUUUUAGCUGCCCACGGUGUGGAAGUGAUAUGCAAGCUUUAAGCUGAUGGCGACACCGUCUGAGAUUUCUCAACCUCCCCAGAAACCUUUUCCGGGCUCCCUGGUCCUCUGACGUGAAGCUCGAUGGUCAAACUGCGGUGAUUACAGGCGCCAACACCGGCAUCGGCAAAGAGACAGCCAUCGACCUGGCCAAGAGAGGAGCUAGAGUGAUCUUGGCAUGCCGGGAUAUGGAGAAAGCUCAGGCGGCUGUGACGGAAAUCGUCGAAAGCUCCGGCAACGACGGCGUCGUCUGCAUGAAACUUGAUUUGUCAGACAGCAAAUCUAUCAGAGAGUUUGCGGAAGAAAUCAAUAAAAAUGAGGCGAAACUCAACUUCCUCAUCAACAAUGCAGGUGUGAUGGUUUGUCCGUACGGGAAAACUGCCGAUGGCUUCGAGAUGCAGAUUGGAGUCAAUCACUUUGGUCAUUUUCUACUGACAUACUUGUUGAUUGACCUGAUUAAAAGAUCGGCCCCGGCCAGAAUCAUUAACGUGUCCUCCAUGGCUCACUCCUGGGGCUCCAUCACUCUGGAGGACAUCAACAGCGAGAAGAGCUACAACAAGAACAAGGCUUACGCACAGAGCAAGCUCGCUAAUGUGCUCUUCACCCGCUCACUGGCCAAAAGAUUAGAAGGUACCGGUGUGACCACGUACUCCCUCCACCCUGGGGUCGUUCAGACAGAUCUGUGGCGCCACCUGAGCGCCCCUGAGAGGUUCUUCAUAAGCAUAGCCAGACCUUUCACCAAAAACUCAAUCCAGGGAGCUCAGACCACCAUUUACUGUGCCGUGGAGCCGUCUCUAGAGAAGGAGAGCGGCGGAUAUUACAGUGACUGCGCUCCUGCCAGCUGCUCCGCUGCUGGAAAAGACGACGAGCUGGCACAGAAGCUGUGGGAGCUGAGCUGCAAGAUGCUCUCCUUGUCAUGGGAUUAAGGCCUUAUGCCUGUUUACUAACUGAUGCAUCAUUCCUUUAAAAACACGCACUAACAGCCAUUUAAAUUUAAAACUGCUUCCUGUUACACACAGCAUUUUCCCUGCUGUGCUUUGUACAUGUGUUUUUAUAUUUUAAUAUGAGGUUUUACUAUUUUUGAUUAUGAUAAAUUUUUUUACAGCUAUAAAGUAUUUCGAAAGUCUUUUUACUGGAUUUGAUUGGUCUUAUUCCAUGUUGCACUGUAAACCUGCAUGCUUAUUUAAACCAGGGAACAAAGGAAGCAACCAGGUCUGUAAACCUUGUCGUAGGAGCACCUGCUGAUCCACUUAACUGUGGAUUAGUUUGGUUGUGGUGGGUUAAUCCAGGCCCAUUAUCAGGAUCAUUUCACUGCCUGUCAUUCUGAAUAAUUUUCUUAAUUAAAGAAUUGAAAUUUCAAAUGUAAAAA